CCUACAGUAAAUAUUUGUGUUUGCUCAACCGGCUGUAAUGGUGGACGACUGAAGGCGAGACAAACGGAAUACAACUAGAGUGAAGAAAGAGAGGAAAGAAGAAACGGUCGAAAGUUGCGCUCCAGAGCCAGCCGCCGCGAGUAGGACACCGGGCUUCUUCGUCGAAAAUGGAUGAACUCAAACAUCAAGUCAUGAUUAACCAGUUCGUCCUGACGGCGGGUUGUGCGGCAGACCAGGCGAAGCAGCUUUUGCAAGCGGCACAUUGGCAGUUCGAGACUGCCCUCAGUGCCUUUUUUCAAGAAACAAAUAUUCCAUAUGGCCAUCAUCAUCAAAUGAUGUGCACCCCAGCCAACACACCAGCGACGCCCCCCAACUUCCCAGACGCGUUGACCAUGUUCUCCCGGCUGAAGGCGUCCGAGAGCUUCAACAGCAGCAGCGGCGGCAGCCCCAUGGCCGCCUCCAUGGCCACCUCACCCCCGCCCCCCCAGGUCGGUGGCUGGGGCGUCUCACCAAAUGUACCUAAUGUGCCGCAACCUCCACAGGGACUCUGGACUCAGGGGCAGCCCCCCACGCAGCCCUGCCCUGCCUGGCCUACGGGAGUGAACCCGCACGCAGGCACUGAGCAGAAGGCUAGUGUAGCGAUGGAGGCGGAGAGAUGAAGGGCCGCACGGGACUGAAAAGGCCCCCCCCCUCCACCCUCACCCUCCCUUCCACCAGGGGGAGGGAGGUAAACAGGGGGAUGAAUGUGGGAAGGGUGGGACGGGUGGGAGGCGAUAAUGGGUAGAAAAUGGGUUUGGGUCUUUUUCCCAAAAAAAACGGAUGAUACGGAAAGAGACAGAAUCUACGCAAACCAAGAAAAACUCAACGUGGACAAUUUAAGAAGAGGAGAAAACCAAUGCAAAUGUCAAUACAAAAAUAAGAAAAAAAAAAAAAAAGAUACGCACACACAUAGUAAUAAGAGAGCAACUGAAAUCUUUGUUAGUUUUUUUCCUAAGUAAAUGCAUAGAUAAAAAGAAAUAUUAUUGAACUAAAAAACAAGAAAUGAAAAAAAAUUGUCACGCCCAAGGAUUCUAUGUGAUGUUCAAGGACAUUCAAGGCAGCAAACUUCGGUUUUUCGUUUAGUUUUUUUCUCUUUUUUUUUUUUUCAUCUUUUCAGCCAGUGUUUUUUAGCCACUGGUGUUCUGUGUUUCUGCAACAGUCUGUGCUGCAUGAGGAGAGAGGAACUUGCAAUGCAGUGUUUUAGAUUGAUUAAAAAAUCAUCACGCACUUGAGUGUGAGUGUGGACGCAUGUGAGCGGGUGGUCAGUUUGUAAUCAAAAAUGUAUACACACACAUGCAUAUAUAUAUAUAUACAUAUAUAUAUAUUCACACACACAUACACAACUACACACACAUUAGGGUUUAGAGGAAACACCUCCAUACUGUCAUCCCCAUCGUCAAAGGUGGGACUUUUCUUACCUCACCUGGUGGUCACCUGACUUCUUUCAGCCAAUCAGGGAUUCUUCUUAAACCAACUGUUGCCGCCGCCGCAGGACAUGUUUUUAAAGGUUUUUUCUUAAAGGCAGCAGCCACUCUGGUUUAUGCUAACUGAUCCUCGCUGCAAAGGCUUUUCCUGACACAGUUUUAAACCUGGACUCAGACUACAACUGUCCACUGUAUACUUUUUUCUGGAGAUUUGGGUUAUUACAAGAAAAAUGAGAAAUCAUGGUUUAAUAUAAUAUCGUUUGUAAUGCUAAUUGUUCUGUUUUUUUGUUGAAAGGUUGAGGGGAGGUGGCUUUUGAAGAUGGGUGGGACUUCAGGGUUUUUUUUUUUUUCCUGUUUGUUUUUUUGUGGAAAGAGUGAAUCAAACGCAGCUAAAAUGGCUACAGAUUAAAAACAAACA